ACGAUUUCACUUGUAGGGGUUCCCUCACAGUUUAAACUGAGACAUUGACUGCAACCGCUUUUGCCACAGUCAACAGUUUGCUUUAAGCUUCGCCCGCGUUUGGAUUACACACAGUUAACUUUUAUUACAUAGGCACGCACACUCACUCACGCACCAGCCACUAUCUUAUUGAGGUUACUUUUCUUAUCUGCCCGAUAAGUGACAAAGACAACUAAAUAUUUUUUAUGAUAUUCACCGGUUUGGGCCAGGUGUGCCAGUUUUUAUUUGGUAGUGCGUGUGAUUUAAAGCGUUAAAGCGAGCUCCUACAUUCAGUUUAUAUAGACGACUCAUCGAUAUAUAGCCUGGUAGCUAGCAAAAUGUAUCAUUACCAGCAAGGUGACAACAAUGGCGUCUAUGCAGAUGCGGAGGCGGACAAGAGUUUCGCCUUUGAUGACCAAAGCAUACGCAAAGGUUUCAUACGUAAGGUUUAUCUUAUUUUAAUGGCACAACUGCUAAUCACAUUUGGUUUUGUUAGCGUUUUUACUUUUUCGAAGGCCACGCAGGAGUGGGCUCAACACAAUCCUGCGCUUGUGUGGAUUGCUUUGGCAGUGCUUAUAGUCACCAUGAUCUGCAUGGCCUGCUGCGAAAGCGUGCGCCGCAAGACGCCACUCAACUUUAUAUUCCUGUUUCUCUUCACGAUCGCCGAAUCCUUUUUGCUGGGCAUUAUUGCUGGCACGUAUCAGGCGGAUGAAGUUUUGAUGGCCAUUGGCAUUACGGCUGCCGUCAGUUUGGGUCUUACACUGUUUGCCCUGCAAACCAAAUAUGACUUUACCAUGUGCGGUGGCGUCCUAGUAGCCUGUCUGGUGGUCUUUGUCAUCUUUGGCAUCAUUUCUAUCUUCUUUGCUGACAAGAUACUUGGCCUGGUGUACGCCUCGCUGGGCGCGCUGCUCUUCUCCGUGUAUCUGGUGUACGAUACUCAGCUGAUGUUGGGCGGCAAUCACAAAUAUUCCAUCAGUCCCGAGGAGUACAUCUUCGCUGCCCUCAAUCUCUACCUGGACAUUGUCAACAUCUUCAUGUACAUACUGUCCAUCAUUGGACUGGCGCGUAGCUAGAUUUAGUUUGGACUAUAUACUAACCACACACAUAAACAUAUUUAUUAUUAUAUAACCCAACUGAGAUUACGUGCCGGAAUGGUUCAAGAAAAAAUAUAUGCAA